AUGGAUGUUUCCGAAGAUCUAGCAAGGGAUUACCCUCCAAGACUUUACCCUGAAGGGGCUUCUAUUCUUGAAAACAAAGGCAUUAAUACCAAUUGCCGUAUGGGAGACAUCCCUGACCUUAUAGAAGCAAUUGGAAAUGAUGUGUGGGAUAAUCUGAAGAUGUAUCAUGUUCGAUUGAUUGCUAGACUGGCUGAGAGCAAAUUGGUGUGGUCUGGUAAGACCGUACAUUAUCUACUUUGUAGACAGCUGCGAGUACAUAAGAAGGAGAUGUGGUCUGUCGUUGGUGAUCAAGCUCUUCGGUUUAGCUUAAUAGAAUUUGGUGAGAUAACGGGUUUAAACACAAAUUCACUGUCAGAAGAAAAAUUUGAACCUGGUCUAGAGAAUUACAAAGCGUUAUGGGAGUUGUUGAAAGUGCCGCUUGGGUGCGGACCCAAGUUAGAUGAACUUAGGCCAGCUUUAUUGGAGUGUCGAAUCUGGACUUCUGAUCAGCGAAAAUGGUUAGGGCUGUUGUUUCUUCAAGCCAUAUUGUAUGGCUUGCAUCAUAAUUGUAGAAUACCCUUUGAAAGUGCAAAAAGAGUAUUCGAUGAUGAAGCCAUGAUGAGUUAUCCUUGGGGUCGGACUGCCUAUGAAAUUCUUGUUGAUUCUAUCAAAUUGUUGAAUCCACAAGGAGGGACGUACACCCUUAGCGGCUUCAAGGACGUGUUAUUGGUUUGGGCGUACGAAUCUGUCACAGUAUUCAGAGAGCUUUUUGGCAGAGUAGUUAGUCCAGGUGAAAUUCCGCUUUUUUUAUGGGGUGGAAAGCGUACUCGUGCUAGUUUUGCUACUACAAUAGCUAAGGAGAUUAAUGAUCAUGGAACGGUGCGUGUGAGGAAAAUGGUGAUGAAGGAGGCUCUAGAAGAUCUGUUUCCUCAGUGGAUUGAUGAAGCAGAUGACCCACAACUUGAUAACCUAAUUAGAGAUAUACAUGCAGAUAGGUUUAUUAGAGAGAAGAAGGAGAGUGCAAAGGAGAAGGGUCGUAGCGAAGCGGUUCUGCUGAACAUAGUUGCUAAUCUCGAGAAUUUGGACAGAAAAUUUGACUCGAGAUUAACAGAAUACGACACCAAGUUUGGAGAUUUUUUCCGAGGCCUUUUGGAUACCAUUGGAGAUACAGUGAAAGCUACAGUUGAAGAGCGUCUGAGAGAUUUGGGGGUUGUAGAACCUCCAUCUAAGAUCCCUAUUGAUAAACAGUCCAAAGACGUGAUGUUCUCAGAAGAGAACCGACAGCCGGAGUCCAAUAGUAGUCAACCUGCAUCUAAGACCCCUAUUGAUAAUCAGACCAAAGACAACCAACCGCAAAAGACCCCUGAUAAAGGCCAAUCUGACAAGAAUCAGGCAGAUGAUAUUGCUAAAGCUGAUGCGAAAGGUAUGGGAGCAAAGCUGAAUUCGAAGUUUGUCAGGGAUAAGGGUAUUGAGGUGAAAAAGAACUUGGAUUCAGAGUUUGGUAAUGCCGAUGCAACAAAUGCUGAUUUGGUCUUUGAUUCUCUUGUAAGGAACCACCAUUCGGACGCUGUUGCAGAGGUUUAG